CAUGGCAACGGCGCAUCUCGGACCUAUUCUCUGGCGAAGAAUCCAAAUCAUAGGUCCAUUCCGCCUUCGCAUACACAGUCUGAGCUGCAGUGAGGCGCUGAGAAAUAUCUCCAAAACUCGUCCAGUUCCACUGCUUCAAAACGCGGCGGAGUCUCAUGAGCUUCUCCUCCAGGUUGCGCAUCCCAUAGAGGUGCGUAGCCUGCUGCCAGGAGGCUCUAACAGUAUCGUAGUAAGAAUGGUGGCGGACCCACAUGUUCUGGAAGCGGAAAGACGCUCGCCGGGGGGAAAUAGAGAACCGACAACGAAUCAAAAGGGGGGCAUGGUCAGAUCCAAUUCGAGAAAGGUGCGUUACAACCGUGGUCGCAAACACCCUCGGGAUGAGGUUGGGGAAGUGACGGGAGACCAGUUGCAAUCUUGGCGAUGCCACGAGGUCACACUGAAGACAACCGAGGCACAACAUAAGAGGAAGAAGGACGACCUGCCUGAGUGCUCCCACCGGGAGAAGAAACAAGAAUUGGGGAUGAGCUCCGAAGACGAACUUAUGGAAGUAGAGUUGAUAGAGGGGAGUCCGGAGAAGAUAACAAAGGUAGGUCGCCAUUUGGCGGCUGACAUACAAGGCAUGUUGAUUGCAUUAUUGAAGGAGUUCUCGGAUGUCUUCGCCUUUUCAGCUGACGACCUCACAGGAAUCGAUCCCGGGGUGGCGGAGCAUCGAUUGAACAUUGAUUCAACUAUGAGACCAGUGAAGCAAAAGAGAAGGCACUUUGGUGCCGAGCCAGAUGUGGUUAUCGAAGCAGAGGUGGAGAUGCUAUUGAAGGCGGGGCAUGUGCGACCCAUUCAAUUCCCGGAGUGGUUGUCCAAUUCAGUUAUGGCUGACGAGAUGGCGAAGUGUUACAUCUUGGCAUCUUUGUCAAAUGUACUUCAACAUCAACAUCAGUCUAUGAACACUGCAGUAGAGAUGCUCCUCAAUCUCAAGGAGUUAUUUGGUCAUCAGUCGCGGGCUGCCCGACAAGAGGCCAUGAGGGUUCUAAUGAACAUGACCAUGCGCGAGGGCACUCCCGUAAGGGAACAUGUUCUUGCUAUGAUGGCCCAGCUGAAUGAGCUGGAGGUUCUUGGGGCUUUUAUUGACGGGGAAACCCAGGUUGAUAUAGUGUUCCAGUCUUUGCCGAAGAGCUUCGAGCAAUUUCGGUUGAAUUAUAACAUGAAUAAGAUGUUAAUGACUCUUCCGGAACAUGUCUCUGAACUUCAGUCGGCAGAGGGCCUGUUUCGUCAGAAGACCCAAGCUAUGGUGGCCCAGCGGGGAGAAGCUUCCAUUUCUAAGGAUCCUAAGGGCAAGAAGAGGAAGAAGUCCGCAGGAAAGGGCAAGGCAGUCAUGAAUGACGCGCAACCUCGACAGAAUGUGAAGAAGCCGAAAGGCAAGUGCCACAAUUACCAGCAGAAAGGACACUGGAAGGCAAACUGCCCUUCCCUCAAGAAGUUCGACAAAUGUACACCUUUUGCUUUAGUCAUUGAAACAUGUUUAGCGGUGUUAUCUACCAGUACUUGGUGUGUAGAUACAAGAGCCACUGAUCAUGUCUGCAAUUCAUUGCAGGG